AUGGCGUCUAAACGUGGUACAAGUCGAGCAAAAAAGGCGAAAAUAGACCCAAGUUCACUUCGUCAACAAAUCGCUGAUUCCAUUUCCGAAGAAAAUAAGUUAAGAGAACAAAUUUCGGCCAUUUCUUCUUUAAAUUUGAAGUCCACAACUGAUACUAGUUUGGUAGAAGUGUAUUUAGUUUGUCGUUUUUGUAUGAAAAAAUUUUUUGAGGUUGUAUCCUUCCUUUGUUCGUCAACGUGUUUACCGCGGAGUGUUACAAAUACCAAAGUUGCAAACAUUCUUGCAACAUCUACGGAAGAAGCAGCAAACCUUUCAGAAUUGCUGAAACAAGUGCAG